CCCUAAUGGACACCGAGGUCGUCCCCUGCCUGUCGUGGCUGUCUCGUCUUUCCCCGCCAGACCAGGGACAGGUUUAAUUACCCCCGCUAAUGGCAGCCCGGGACCGGAGUCUCCCCUCGGCCUGCUGCCACGCCGGCGGCUCCUGUUCCCCAUCAAUUAUUCACGGCUCCGCUCUGGGAAGGGGUUUCUCGGGGCUGCUCGGGGGGGAUUUUCCAACCUUUCUGGCGUUAAACAGCCGCUGCAGGUCCCGGAGCUGGUUGGAGGUGCCGGGGCCACCGCUGUCCCCGUGGGAACCCCGUCCCCUCGGCGUCCCCAUGGGUGUCUUGAGCUGUGUGAAGUACCUGAUGUUCAUCUUCAACGUGCUGGUGUUUGCCGGGGGGACGUGCCUGGUGGGCGUCGGGGUCUGGGUGGCCGUGGACCCAGCUGGUUUCCAGGACAUCGUGGCCGCCAAGCCUGUGCUGAGCGCGGGCGCCUACCUGCUGCUGGCCGUGGGCAUCGCCCUCUCGCUGCUGGGCUUCCUGGGGUGCUGCGGGGCCCUGCGCCAGAGCCGGCUCCUGCUGCUGGUGUUCUUCAUCCUCGUGAGCCUCGUCUUUGUCACGCAGCUGGCCGGGGCUGUGCUCUUCCUGGUGCACUGGAAACAGAUCCGCCCAGAGCUCUUCCUGUCUGAGCUGCAGAGGAACUACCGUGGGGACGAGGACGCCGAGGUCUUCUCUGUGGCCUGGAACACUCUCAUGGUCAUGUUCUCCUGUUGCGGCGUUUUAGGGCCUGAAGACUUUGGGAAUGGCUCCCGGUUCCAGGAGCUGCAUCCGGGGACACCGUGGCCGCAGGCGUGCUGUGCCCGGGACGGGCUCCUGCAGGCAGGCGAGCUGCUGGGCUGGGAGCAGUGCCGGGAGAGGAGCCCUGGCUACAUCCACGAGCAGGGCUGCUUCCCCACCUUCGGCAGGACCUUACAGAAUUACGUCUCCAUCCCCGGGACGUGCAGCUUGGCCGUGCUGGGCAUCGAGAUCUUUGCCAUGUUCUUUGCCUUUUGCCUUUACUACAACUUCGACUGAGCAGGACACUGGGAGGAGUGCUCCUGGCCACUGCCAGUGCAGCAGAGAUGAGCCGAGGGCUUUGGAAACAGCAGCAGCAAGGAUGCUCCAUUUUCUUGCAUGUCGCAGCCCAGCUCUAUAGCUCAGGAGCUUUCUGAGUGCUGUGCCCGCUCCAGGGGGCAAAUAAGAAUGACCUGGCUCACCUGUCCUGGACCGGGGGUAGGACACGGGUCAAAUUCUUUACACCCAAACAUGCAGAGCCUUCACUAGAGGAGAAUUCCCACAGUUUAACACUGCAAACUAGUUCUAGUAUGUCUGUUGCUCAGCUUUUGUUCACUGUACAUUUUGAGGCAAGGACAGUGAAAUAGAAACAGCAGCCUCUAGGGCUGUUUGCAUUCCUUUGAGACAAAGCUGGUAGUCAGAAGCAGCACUGGUACUUCCAGUUGUCCUUUUCUUCAGAAUACUCUGAAACCCCCGAAACAAAAUAUAAACCACAGGG